ACUGCUUAUAUCCUUAAACAUUUUUUUAUAAUAUUCACGGUCGCAAUUAAUUUAACGGAAAUUAGUUGUUUGUCUAAUAAAGUGUUUUUUCUGCUGACAAAGCCAAUAAAUUUUUUUUCUUGAAAGUAUUAAAAGAAAUUUAUGCAGCAUUUUUUCUUUAUAUGAAAUAUGUGUUUCAUUUGCACUAUUUUAGAUUUUAAAAUAGUUUUUUUAUGAAAAGUUUAUUCAACGCAAAACACCAUUAAUAAAGUGUAAGGUGCGCGUAUUCGACUUUUGUUCAUAUGAAAGUUCCAACAAAAUAUGGAAAAACUGUUGUUGAGUUUGUUCUUUGGACUGAUUUUGAGUAUUGCAGUGAGCGAUGUAUCGGCGAGAACGAAAAUAGCGCCGAGAAUAGUUGGCGGCCAAUUCGCUCCAACACGACGAUUCUUGCAUCAAGUGUCUCUUCAACUGAUUGGAAAGGGUUGUAGUUUUCAUCAAUGCGGUGGCAGCAUCAUCGAUUCUAUGCACAUCAUCACGGCCGCCCACUGCGUCACCGACAAAUCCACGUACCAGUUAAACAAUGUACCGAUUACCAUCGUGGCCGGUGCGACUGAUCUACGUGACAAAAGAUCCGGCAUUUAUCGCGACGUUGAGUACACAUACAUACCUAAAUCUUACUCGAGUAACUUUCCUGGAUAUUAUUACGACGAUAUAGCAAUUUUGAGGUUGAAACACCCUUUGCCUCUCGGUAAAGAUCCACGAAUAAAGCAAAUUAAUUUACCUUGGGACGACAAUCGAUAUGAGCCGGCGAGAGCACAAAAUCUCGUCGUGAGUGGUUUUGGCACUUACAAACAAAAUAGGAAUCCAUAUAAUGGCCAAGUAGAGUCAGGACCAACCAGUCCGCGUUUAAAGUACGCAAGUGGAUUGAUCAGGCGGAACGAUAAUCCCCCCUGCACGGAUAAACAAGUCUGCGUGCGGAACACUAAUUUUCACGGAUCGUGCUAUGGUGACAGUGGCGGUCCACUCAUCGAUGAAUUAAGACGUACCCUGAUUGGUCUUGUGAGUUACUCAAAUCAUGAAUGGUGUGGAGAUACUACCAAAUACACUAGAGUUUCAUCCUACCUAGACUUCAUCAACAAAGUACGGGUAGGCGGUUGGAUCUCUUCUGAUGACAUUAGUACCGUUUACAAUAAGUUCAAUAAUGAACAAAUUAUGCCAACAUUGCCGCAUUGUGAUCAGCAAUCUGAAAAAUGAUGUAUUUGUAAACCUUCAUCUUUCUAGAGUUGUUUGAUAUUAUUUUAAUAAUUUAUUUUGUAUUAUCAAUAAUGAAAAUGAAUUUAUAAAUAGUUCGAUUUUCGAUACUUAGUUGUGUAAAAUAAUGGCUAUUACGUAUAAUAACAUUCAUUCAAUGCUAACCGAUUUUUGAAAAUAAAUUUAUUAUAUUUUUCACUCUAUAUCUUAUAAAAAUAAACUUGUA